GUUUUUCGAUGAAAGUUCGUCUUUCGAAACGAAUCGCAAAAUUUAUUACAAGUUGAAGUUAAGUUGUGCAAAAUUAAUUCCAGUUUGUUCGCUGAUUUCGACCUCAAUUUUUAAUAUAGUUACAUACAAAAAUUAUAAACCAAGUUCAAUAAAUUACUUGUAAAUCUCUGCUGUGCAUUUUCUUAAAAAAUCUCUAUUGCUUUGCUAUUUAAAUUUUACAUUGAGUGCAUUUUUUUUUCUCAUAAAGCAUUUCAUCAUUCCAAGUGAAGAUAUAAGAACUUGGGGAAAGAGAAAGAUUUUUGGUGGCAUUACGAAAUAAUCUCAAAUGCCAUACAUCAUAAUUCGGGGUAACUUAGCUUCAUACAGUCAUAAGUACCCCUGGCGUGUUCUUGUCUCUGGAUUGAAAGCGGAUGAGACUGAGCAAUUGAAUCAAUUUUCUUGUGGUGGCUACACCGAUGAGUCAACAAUAGUCUAUUUAGUUCAUCCAUGUCGUGUUUUAUCAGCGCUUGAGAUUCUUGGAUUCCGAGUGGUUGCAUCUUCAUCGACAUCAGUUAAGCAAGACUACAAUGAGUACAUGUGGACUAUGCGUAAGGAAUUCCGUGAACCAGAACCAAUAGAAACAUCAGAUACAUCAGUUGUAAGAGAGAAUCUAUCGAAUAUCGAUCGAGAAGCCGGUGUUUUCGGAAACUAUCAUAAAGUCGAUUCACCUGAAUAAAUAUUUAAUCAUACCAUAAAGAAAAACACAAGCCAACGCCACAAUAACUAAUAGACAACUAAAAAUCAACCCAAAAGACUCUCUACAAAAAAAAAAACUAAUUCUAUUUCUUAUCUAAUUCAAAUUCAAAAUC